GCAGAGGUAACGGUGUUGGCGCUUGGCAGCCACUCUCUCGCCGAGCUCGUCUGUUGUGUGACAAGUCAAGCAGCUGCGUAUAUAAGCCUGCAGCGGGUGAGCUGCUCUCUUACUCGGGUCACCGUGCAGGAGGAGGAAUGGCAGGCUGGGGAGGCUUCUUCUUUUCUCUCCUCAACUACAAGACUGAGAAAUAUGUCAUCGCCGAAAAUAAGAGGAUCGGAAUAUUGUUUAGGUUGUACCAGCUGGCAGUGCUGGGCUACAUCAUCGGGUGGGUGUUUGUGGUGAAGAAGGGCUACCAGGAGAGGGAGGAGGCCAUUCAGACCUCAGUCAUCACCAAGCUCAAAGGCGUCACGUUGACCAACAGCUCUGAGACCGGCCUCUACCUGUGGAGUGCUGAGGAUUACGUCAUACCACCAAACGGUGAGCAGGUGUUCUUCAUAAUAACAAACUACAUAGAGACCCCCAAUCAGAGACUGGGAUUCUGUGCUGAGAGUUCCAAGGUGCUAAAUGGACAGUGUGAAACUGAUGACGACUGUGUGAAGGGGGAGCCCGUGAUAGCUGGAAAUGGAAUCAAGACUGGCCUGUGUUUAAACAGCACUGGGACCUGUGAGAUUCAUGCCUGGUGUCCUGUUGAAUGCAGCAUAAAACCCACAGGGACCUUACUGAGUGAAGCAGAAAACUUCACCAUCUACAUAAAGAACUUUGUCAGGUUUCCAAAGUUUGAAUUCUCUAAAGCAAAUGUCCUGGAAACCUCGGACAGCAACUACCUGAAGAGGUGCUCCUAUGACAAAGAGCACCAUCCUUACUGCCCUAUCUUCCGCCUUGGAGAUCUGGUCGGCUGGACUGGACACGAUUUUCAAGAUAUGGCUGUAAAGGGUGGGUCUAUCGGUGUCCAUAUUGAGUGGAACUGUGACCUGGAUAAGGACUCGUCUCACUGUAAUCCACAAUACAGUUUCACCCGUUUAGACAUGAGCGUAAACAACUCUAUCACAUCUGGAUACAACACAAGAUAUGCCAGGUAUUACAAGGAUGAAGUCGGUGAAACAUAUCGCACUUUAUAUAAAGUGUAUGGGAUUCGUGUAGACAUAAUGAUUAACGGCCAGGCUGGAAAAUUCAGUAUUAUUCCUACAAUCAUUGCCAUUGGUUCAGGUAUUGCUCUGCUGGGUGCGGGGGCCUUUGCCUGUGACAUGAUACUACUGUACAUGAUGAACACAAGCUCCUUUUAUCGAGAGAGAAAGUUUGAAAUCAUCAAUUUUAAGAAAGACCGGACCAAACCCAAGGACGGGAAGGUGGGACGCAGAAAAUCCAAGAAACAAGCUGCAGAGAAAGAUGUCGGUAACUCUGUCAACAAGCAAGAAGAACAUCAAGCUGCUGGGGCGUCUGCUCCUAUAGCACUUAGGCAGAUUGACCGUGGUCCAACCAUUCCUCGCAACACAGGACAGCGAUACUCAGCCAUUCUCUACCCCCAGAGUGCAGAGCAGAGGCCUCAUAUCACUUUCUCGUCACAAAAUUAAAUAUGCAGGUAGACUCCUAAAGUAUAACCCCAGCAGUUUCAGUCAUGCUGCAAGGGGUGAAACCUGUUAGAGUAAAUAUGAUUUACUGACUGAUUUAUGAUUUUCUAAUUAUGAUGUUACAUCACUCACAAGGCUGAUUUGUUUAUUACUUAUUGUCAUUAUGAAGGAUAUAUGUGUUUAAUGUUUCAGUCCUGUGUGGUGGAAAUUUCCCAUAAACAACCAGAUGAGGGAGUUGUCCUUUGUAUGAUUAAUUAUAUAAAUAAGGAAAAAGAAAAAUAAUGGGGAAAGCAAAUCAAAAGCAUGGAUGUUGAUCGUGCACAUCAACAAACCAAAAACCAGCUGUGGAGAUCAGUGCACAUACCACGGAGGUAUAAUACAAAGAGCCCACAGUCCUCAAGUUGCUUCUGCCUUUUAACCCCUCUGUCCGACUACAGUGGAAUGUCUGUGUGGCCCAAUCAGACUGCAUGCACCAUCUCAUCCCUGUCGCUCUGUGUGUGGAGAUGUUUACAUUCUCACACCUGCAUCGCUAGCGUCUGACUAUCAGAGAGCAAGGAGCACUAAGUCUCAACAGACAGAGACACACAACUCUUGUGUUGGGGUUGGGAGCUAGAGUCCAGAGUCUAUCAGGCAGAGAAAACUAUUGAACAAUCUAGGUGAAAUGUUGAAUACAUAAAACAGAAGUAAGACAAAACACAAGAUAUUAAUUGCAGAACAUAAGUCAUAAAUCAAGCAUAGAUUAUGGAAGAAACAAUUUACCAUUACACCUGUCAGUAACAGGAACAUGUUAUACUUUGUUGAAGCUGCACCCUGCACACAGACAUAGAAACAGAAAGUGGUUGAGGCUGCUGACUUUUGCUGGGUUAACCGAAAGGCCAGAAAAAGGUUAGCAGUCUUAGGGUUGAAUAGUUCGUUAUGAUAUACGCCUAUGCAGCAAAUCAAUCAAGUGUUUUAUCCUUGUAUGGAAUUAUUUUCUCUGUAGUAUGAUCUUCAUGCGCCCCGGCCAUGGCGCAGUGGAUUCACCAGAGUCACUGCAAAGUAGGGGUGGAAGUCGACCGGUAUCGAAAUCUUUGAUUGCUGAAGAAACCAACUGAUCCCCUCUCCCAGCUAUGGCGCCAAGGUUAAAACUUAUGGCUGUGAUCUGCACAGUUAUGAUGUUCUUUUUUCUCUAUUAGGAAGGAAUCCUAACAGGGGAACGUCAUGAUGGGCGGCACCGAAACUGGACCAAGAGAUGGUCGACAACACUGGUUAAAGACUGGAUCUGGAAAGUUAUCGUUAUGUUAAAGUUUUAGCCUGUCGCCAGGUCGUGGGUUCAAUCCCUCUCAAAGGGGAAGGGAAUCUGACGUAAAAACUUGCCAAAUCUAUCAUGCAAGUCGUUCACUGUGGCGAUCCCUGACGGGAUAAAGCUGAAAGGAGUUACCUAGUACGAUAUUCAUGUAUUCAUUGUAAUCAUACCAUACCAUACGCCCAUAUCAUGCAACUUCAAGGCGUGUCCCAUUUUGUAAUAAAAAGCUUGCACCUAGGUGAGCUUGCCGGAGUCCGAGUGGGCAGUUUCUGGGUGAAGCGCUUACAACGCCAAGACCUCAGGCGGGCUUCCCUUGCAAGCAAAACAAAGUUGUAGAUUGUUGUGCUUUGUUGUCUUCGUCUCUCAGCAUAUGAGAACUGUUGUGGCUAUUUUAGACCAAAGAAAACUUACUAGCAGGACUGCUGGCAUGUCAUAAAAGUGAUGCUGGCCUGCCUUGGAGAGGUUUUGUUACAGAUGUGCAUAUUCGGUACUGUAUAAGUGGGCCAGGACACUGGUGUACAGAUACACGAUUUGUGGAGUUGCUGGGUCAGGAACAAAGAAUGAACCCGGGGAAGAUUGACAGGUGGAUUUUUAAUAAAUGAUACCAUUGUUUUUUAAGUGUACAACAAAAUGACUGAGCAGUCACCUACUGCUCAUGUAAUCAGUACUAGCUGGCUGUUGAGUAGAUGAAUUAGGAGUAACUUCCAGUGGUGUAUUUACAUUUCGAAGAGAUAUUAAAAUCUGAAAAGUUUAAGAAUAAAUCAGUUUGUUUUUCAUUGUGCAGACUACAGCGUGAUGCAAACAUUUCCUUUUAAAUUAAAAUUGGCACAUCCUGUACCUACCUAUUGUUAAACUGCUGCAGUGUUUCCUACUGCAUGUUGAAUUUAUUGUGACUUUCAUAUCUGUCAUGCAUUGCUACAGCACAGUCAUAUUUACAAUACAUGUAAAUCUGUGGAAUGCAGUCUGUCGCGUGCUGUGAGCCUCCUGUGAGUGGACAACUGGUUUGUUGCCACCACUGCUGAUUUAAGGAGUGACCGUAAAUGAAUGAAUGCUAAGGUGCAAGGACUCUUUCCAUUUGUUGUUCCUGUAACUGUUUAUUCAUAGUUUUAUUUUUUUGCAAACAAAUGUCAGGUUUGUCUUGAUGUCCUUUAUGGCAGCAUAGCUGUAGUGAAUAAUGAGUAACAGUAAAAAUUAAUAAACUUG